GACGCUUACUUCUCCACACAACACAAGAAGCCAGUUACAAUAAUUUAGAAGCAAAAGAAAAACUGUACCGAGCUUGCAUUGCAGUGACGCGACAAUGGCGGCCGCCAGAAUGCUCGUGCUCCUGGCCUCUCUCUGCGCUCUCCUGCUCACGGCGUCCGCGGCCAAAUGGACUCCUGCCUUCGCGACGUUCUACGGCGGCAGCGACGCCUCCGGCACCAUGGGCGGCGCAUGCGGGUACGGCGACCUGUACGGCGCCGGGUACGGGACGCGGACGGCGGCGCUGAGCACGGCGCUGUUCAACGGCGGCGCGUCGUGCGGCGCCUGCUUCACCAUCGCCUGCGACACCCGCAAGACGCAGUGGUGCAAGCCGGGGACGUCCAUCACCGUGACGGCGACCAACUUCUGCCCUCCAAACUACGCCCUGUCCGGCGACGCCGGCGGGUGGUGCAACCCGCCGCGCCGCCACUUCGACAUGUCGCAGCCGGCGUGGGAGACGAUCGCGGUGUACCGCGCCGGGAUCGUGCCCGUGAACUACCGCCGCGUGCCGUGCCAGCGGAGCGGCGGCAUCCGGUUCGCCGUGAACGGGCACAGCUACUUCGAGCUGGUGCUGGUGACGAACGUCGGCGGCAGCGGCGCGGUGGCGCAGAUGUGGAUCAAGGGGUCCGGGACGGGGUGGAUGGCGAUGAGCCGCAACUGGGGCGCGAACUGGCAGAGCAACGCGCGCCUCGACGGGCAGGCGCUGUCGUUCCGGGUGCAGGCCGACGACGGCCGCGUCGUCACGGCGGCCGACGUCGCGCCGGCGGGGUGGUCGUUCGGCGCCACCUACACCUCCUCGGCUCAGUUCUACUGAUGAGCAUUAAUUGCAAGCCUAUCUCAUUUAAUUAAUCUGGACCGUUCGAUGUAGUAUAUUGUAUGCUUUGAUCGACGUGGCAUAGGAUGGAAGAGGCCGCCCACGAAGAAAAUUUGGGACUUGUGUAUAUAUCAUUGUACCGCACUUUGUUUUUUUCUUUUUUGAUUUGCUACUGUACUAUACGCACGUAAGUUGUGCUUUUUCUUGUAUUUGUAUUGGCACAUGGAAGUAUCGUGUGGAGAUUGCUUUAAUUAAUUCCAGUCAGAAAACAUUGAA